UCCUGCCUCUCUCCUGCCUCAGCCAACCCGGGCUGUGCCGAGCUGCUCCCUGCGGGAUCAGAGCGCUCCCCCGCCGGGACCCUUCUCUCACAUCCCCCUGCUGGGACGCGGCUACAUUUCCAGCCAAGCACUGCCUGCCUUGGCUUUAUUAUGUGUGUCUGCGCCGCAGCCCCGCCAGCAGAGGCAGGCAGAGGAGGAGGAGGGAGACUGGUAGCCAGAGUCAGGACAAAGAAAAAGCAGGGAGACAGAGGCGAGCGCAGGGUUAGACGAGUGGAAAUAUCAGGCUGCUGUUGACGCGUGAAGGCGUUUAGGAGAAUAUUAACCACAAAACUAGAAAAACUAAAAAGCCAGAAAAGCGUGGGUUGUGAGCAGGGUUCCCCUCGAGGGUUGGAGACGCAGGGGAAGAGCGCAAUGUCCAUGCCACCAGACCAGCACCACCACCACCACCACUGCCUAGUGUAGAACAGCGGGACCGGAGCGUAGGAGGCUCGGAUCGGUGCCGCUUCUCCGGGAGGGAAGAGACAAAACAAACACAGUUGCGAUAAACUAAAAAAAAAGAAAGAGCAGAAGAAGAAGAGGAAGAGGAGCGCGACAAGGGGGGUGGGACGUUUAAAGCAAAUCCUCCAGAAAACUAACAUCCUCCGCCUGCGUCUCCUGCUCCGCGCCGGCACCGUUACGCGCGGCCGUGGCACCGGUGGCACCGCGCAGCUGCCACUUUUAGCGCGGGACGCUGCUCAGGUGUGCGCCGCGAGAAGCGAAGGAGAAGAGACGGGAAGAAGGAGAAGAAGAAGGGGACGUGAACGGGACGUUGCCCCCGGUUGUUCCACAGGCUGUGCGGGAGGAGGACGCCGAGUGUCCCCCCGGUGCGUGGCCGCCGGACCGACCGCCCCGUCCCCCCGCUCGCCGACCGGAGCUGCCGCAUUGCAACAGGCGACGGAGCAGCAGCAGCGAAGUGGUGGAGGAGGAAGAGGAGGAGGAGGAGGAGCAGCAGGAGGAGGUGAAGAUAACCCGGCUGUGUCCGCCUGUAUGCUUCCCUGAAAACACCGAGCGGAACGAAUAAAACACAGAAACACGACCCGAGAUAAGAAGCAGAGGACGAGCAGAGAUGUCGAGACGGAAACAGGCCAAGCCGCGCUCCGUCAAAGCGGUAGAAGAAGGGGAGUCUUCAGAGUGUGGAGGCACCUGGGAUGAAUCAACUGUCCAGACAGAAGUCCCAGCCUCUGACCGAGAGUCCGAGCCUAAGGAAGGCCACGGCACAGGCGCUGAAGACGGAGAACCGGACGACGACGACCUGGACGACGAGUCCAUCUUCACCUGUGACAACUGUCAGCAGGACUUCGAGUGUCUGGCCGAGCUCAGUGACCACAGAACCAACCACUGCCCAGCCGACGGUGAAGAUGACCCAGCAGGACUGUCCUGGGUGCCGUCCUCUCCCUCCAGCAAAGACGUGGCCUCGCCCUCUCAGAUGCCCGACGGCUGCUGCGACCUCGGCAUGGCCACCGGUGGCGAGGAGGAAGGAGGCGCCGGUCUGCCGUACCCCUGCCAGUUCUGUGACAAGUCCUUCAGUCGUCUGAGCUACCUAAAGCGUCACGAGCAGAUCCACAGCGACAAGCUGCCGUUCAAGUGCACCUUCUGCAGCCGCCUGUUCAAACACAAGAGGAGCAGAGACCGACACGUCAAACUCCACACAGGAGACAAGAAGUACAGUUGUCAGGAGUGUGAAGCUGCGUUCUCUCGCUCUGAUCACCUGAAGAUCCACCUCAAGACGCACAGCUCCAGCAAACCUUUUAAGUGCAGCGUGUGCAAGCGCGGCUUCUCCUCCACCUCGUCGCUGCAGAGCCACAUGCAGGCUCACCGCAAGAACAGAGAGCAUCUUGCACUGAGGAGCGAGAGGGACGGAGGCAAGAAGGGAGGAGUAGACAUUGACCUGGACCAGGACCUGUAUAUGUGUGAUUACUGCGAGGAGACGUUCAGCCAGACGGACGAGCUGGAGAAACACGUCCUGACCAGACACCCCCAGCUGUCGGACAGAGCCGACUUGCAAUGCAUCCACUGUCCGGAGAUCUUUCUCGACGAGGCUUCUCUCCUCACACAUAUUGAAACACAGCAUGCCAACCGCAAACACAAAUGUCCAGUGUGUUCGGAGCAGUUCCCGUCUGUGGAGGACGUCUACUGCCACCUCGACAGCCAUCGCCAGCCGGACUCCUCCAAUCACAGCGCUGCCAGCCCCGACCCCGCGCUGGGCAGCGUGGCCUCAAUGAGCUCAGCCACUCCAGACUCCAGCGCCAGCCUGGAGAGAGGGUCCACACCGGACUCUACGCUAAAACCCAUCCAGGUCAGUGAGCGAGGACGGAGAAGAGGCACCGACACGGUGGAAGAGAUUGGGAUAAGCCUGGUUCAUCAAGCUGGAGGUGGAGGAUUGAAUUGGAGUAAAUUAACGUACUCUUGCCCUUACUGCUCAAAAAGAGACUUCCACAGUCUGGCGGUGUUGGAGAUCCAUUUGAAGACCAUCCAUGCAGAUAAGCCGCAGCAGAGCCACACGUGUCAGCUCUGCCUGGACACCCUGCCAACACUCUACAAUCUCAACGAACAUGUGCGCAAGGCUCACCGGGCCAGCGGCGGCACCGUCAACACAGCGCCGGCAGCUUUUCCUCUGCUGCAGUUCACUAACGUCACAGCGUUCCACUGCAACUACUGUCCGGACAUGUUCGGGGACAUCAACUCCCUGCAAGAGCACAUCCGAGUGUCCCACUGCCUGCCCGGUGGGAUCGUGGCAGGAUCCACCACUUUAGAAGGGAACCACGCGUUCUUCUGCAACCAGUGCUCCAUGGGAUUCCUGACAGAGUCGUCACUGACGGAGCACAUUCAGCAGACGCACUGCUCCUCAGCUCUCGGGGGCGGAGGACUGUCUGGAGGAUCCGUGGCCAAACUGGAGUCUCCCGUUCUGCAGUCUGCGUCUCAGUCCUUCAUGGAGGUUUACUCCUGCCCUUACUGCACCAAUUCUCCCAUCUUCGGCUCACUCCUCAAGCUCACCAAGCACAUAAAGGAGAACCACAAGAACAUCCCGCUCGCUAACAACAAGCGGCAGGCGAAGGUCGCGGACUUGAGCCCAGCCUCCUCGGACGUGGAGAUCUCCUCCCCGAAGCGCCACAGACUUGGGGGGGACUCCACUCCCUCUAUGGGGAGCAACGGGGACUACCCGUGCAACCAGUGUGACCUGCGAUUUUCCAGCUUUGAUGGUUUCCAGGCCCACCUGAAGUCGCACCUGGAAAUGCUGCUGCGGCGCCAGUCCUGCCCCCAGUGCAGCAAGGAGGACUUUGAAUCCCAGGAUGCAUUGCUUCAGCACCUGACGGUGCACUACACCACAACAUCAACCCAGUAUGUGUGCGAGAGCUGCGAUAAACAGUUCUCCUCCGUCGACGACCUGCAGAAACACCUGCUGGACAUGCACACGUUUGUGCUCUAUCACUGCACGCUCUGCCAGGAGGUGUUUGACUCCAAGGUCUCCAUACAGGUGCAUUUGGCAGUGAAGCACAGCAACGAGAAGAAGCUGUUCCGCUGCACAGCCUGUGCCUGGGACUUCAGGAAAGAGGCAGAUCUUCAGAUCCACGUCAAGCAUAACCACCUGGGUCAGAGGUCAGGCCUCCCGGGGGGGCUCGGAGCAGGACUCAAACCCCGAAAGUGCAUCUUCUGCGGGGAGACGUUUGGGACAGAGGUGGAGCUCCAGUGUCACAUCACCACGCACAGCAAGAAGUUCACGUGUCGCUUCUGCGGCAAAGCUUUCCACGCCAUCUCCCUGCUAGAAAGACACCUGAGGGAGAAGCACUGCAUCUUCGAGGGUGGCACCAUCACCGGCAACGGAGGUGGCACAGGGAGCAGCAGCAGCCAGAACGGGACGCCCAACGGCCUGGCACAGUCCUCCAAGCGAGGAGGUGCAGGAGGAGGAGGAGGAGUCAGUGGAGGCAAUGGAGGCGCAGUAGGUGUUGAGAGAGGAACGGUGGUGGCUGCAGAACAAGCCGACCUGCAGAACAUGGUGCUAAAGAGUGGAGGAACUACCCAGGGAGGAGAUACGGUGAACAGCCACGAGGCGAGCGGGGGCGAGGAGGAGCUGGACAACUCAGAGCCCAUGUACGCCUGUGACAUCUGCGGAGCGGCGUACACAAUGGAGUCCCUCCUGCAGAACCACCGGCUGCGUGACCACAACAUCCGACCGGGAGACGACGACGCCAGUUCUCGAAAGAAGAAGGCGGACUUCAUCAAAGGGAACCACAAGUGCAACGUGUGUUCCAGAACGUUCUUCUCUGAGAGUGGCCUUCGUGAGCACGCUCAGACGCACCGCGGCCCCGCAAAACACUACAUGUGCCCGAUCUGUGGCGAGCGCUUCCCCUCCCUGCUGACCCUCACCGAACACAAGGUGACCCAUAGUAAGAGCCUGGACACAGGAACCUGUCGAAUCUGUAAAAUGCCCCUGCAGAGUGAGGAGGAGUUUAUAGAGCAUUGCCAGAUGCAUCCUGACCUUCGGAACUCCCUCACCGGCUUCCGCUGUGUCGUCUGCAUGCAGACCGUCACCUCCACCCUGGAGCUGAAGAUCCACGGCACCUUCCACAUGCAGAAGCUUUCCAGCGGCUCUACGCUUGGAGGAGGAGGAGGUGGUGGAAACGGGACAGGAGGAGGUGGAGCAGGAAUAGGAGGGAACGGCUCAGCCUCUUCAUCCCCUAACGGGCACCUGCAGCAGCAUAAGUUGUAUAAAUGCGCCUUUUGCCUAAAGGAGUUCAAGAACAAAGGGGAGCUGGUGAAGCUGGAUGUCAACGGCCUGCCUUAUGGCCUCUGUGCAGGCUGCAUGAACAGGGGCACGAACGGCCAGAGUCCGAACCAGGGAGGAGCUGCCACGCCCGGGGACAUGCAGGGGGAGAAGGCCAUGGUCGGGCUGAGGUGUCCAGAGUGUGGGGUGAAGUUUGAAACCUUGGAAGACCUGGAGAGUCACGUCCAGACAGAUCACCCCGAGGUCAGCCCCGAAACCAGCGCAACAGGAAAGAAGGCCGAGGCUUCACCCGUACCUAAGAAAAAGACGUAUCAGUGUAUUAAAUGCCAAAUGACGUUCGAGACGGAGCGAGAGAUCCAGAUUCACGUCGCCAAUCACAUGAUCGAAGAGCCCACCUGUCGGCAAGAGGAGGGCAUCAAUCACGAGUGCAAGCUGUGUAACCAGAUGUUUGACUCACCUGCCAAGCUGCUCUGCCACCUGAUAGAGCACAGCUUCGAAGGCAUGGGAGGUACCUUCAAGUGUCCCGUCUGCUUCACAGUGUUUGUGCAGGCCAACAAGCUCCAGCAGCACAUUUUUGCCGUCCACGGACAGGAAGACAAAAUCUACGACUGUUCCCAGUGUCCGCAGAAGUUCUUCUUCCAGACAGAACUACAGAACCACACACUGAGUCAGCACGCGCAGUGAGACCGAGGCCCGGCAGGAUCUCUCGGCUCAGCCGGGGCCCCCGACCCGGAGCCGGCGGGGGACCCCCAUCUCCACAUCACAGCCAAUCAAAGUGUCAUUUGCUACUCACAUGUAAAACUCUAACGAUCGCGCCACUGGGCGCGGCUAUUAGAAGCAGCGGGGGAAAGGAAUAUUAAUGGGAAAUGCUAUUAAAUAAAGAAAGGAAAAAGUGGGUAAGAGAAACGGUAAGAGCUAGAUGAAGGAAAGAGAGGAGUGAAAAAAGGUAUUGUACGUGCAGUAUUUUUUAUUGUCCCUACCACCCCCACCCCCACCCCCUACCACCAGCUUCUCUCCUCCUCCCCUCCCCUCUCCUCACUCCCCCUCGUUCAUGCAUUUUAUUUUUUUUAACAAAUAGAAAAGAAGAAAAAGCAAGAAAACACUCCUUGUUUUGAAAUGUUCUUUUUUUAAAUAGAUGGUAGGAAGAAGCUUCACCUUCUCGUCCCCUCAGUUAAUUAUUGUAUUCAACUUCAUAGGUGCCAAUCUCUUUGCUUUUGUUUCUCUUUCUGCCAUAUGCGCUUAUUUUCUUUAUUUUCAUUUUUUGUACCUUUUCAUUUCUCGCCGUAAGUAGGUACUCGUGCUGUGUUGUGAUCGUUUGUUUGCCAGUCGUAAUAUUCCUCAGUUUUUCUCCCCAAAAAACUCUCCUUUUUAUGAUUAUUGUUAUAUAUUUUUUUCCUUUUUGUAAUUACUAUGAAAAAAAGACAUCAAACAAAAUAAAGUGCAGAAAACCAUACAGAUGUUUCUUUUUUUCUGUUUUUUUUGGGAUUGGGUUUUCCAGUCUCUAUGGGGCCUAUAAUGGUUAUUGUAAAAAUGAGUAUCAUCGAUUUCAGUGCGUCUGGUCAAUGACUGCUUUUUAAAUGUGAAUUAACCAGAUUGCAAUAAUCUAGUACAGACAAAAAGAUAAAACAAAUAAAUAAAUGACAAAUAAACAA